GACGGGCCACACACAUACUCAUGCCAACCAGCACUCAGACAGGCACGGUCACGCACACACCCAAGCCAAGCAACACUCAGACAGGAUGGUCACACACACACUCAAGCCAUCCAGCACUCAGACAGACAUGCAGUCCAGCAAGCGGGCACACACAGACUUAGUAGCAAGCAGGAAACUCAGCAGGGCAUUCAGUCUAUGGGCAAAACUCAGAAAUCAGCUGUGUGUUUCAGUCCGUGUAUGGACGGGUCAUCACAGGAGGGAGAACUGAGGUUGCACAUCAUGCCGCCACAAGGUGCCAUGGGGAAGAGCAAGGGAGACAGUGGAUCUGAUGAUGGGGGGAAUGGGCAGAAAGGUCGAGGGCACGUGCCGAAAUCGAAAAGGCAGUGCGUGGAAGAGGUGGAUGUGCUGUUCGAUGAAGAUUUCCAGGUCAACGAGGUUACGGCGAUCGAAGCCCACAGGAUGAGGGGGGGGGAACGCGAUUGGGUUUUGGGCAAGAUGAGGCUUCGAGGGAACAGAUGGUGGCUUUCAAACAAUACGGCACAGCGGCUGCUGGCGGGAUGCCGCCAAGAACACUCCAGGUCGCAGGGGAUUGUCAUCGCUGACAUAGGCAUCCACAGGCAAGCCGGAGGUGCAGUUCAGGCCUUGCUGAACGUUGCUUGGGGGACGAUCGUCACGGCCGCCGAGGGGGCUUGCCCAGACAAGGCGCCGGUUGCCCAGCCCCAGCCUCGCCAGGCUGAGCCGCCACAGCCGCAGGCGGCUAUGGGGGCACCGAGAACUUCAUCCACUGCGGUGGCGACGGAGGGAGCGUUGGCACGACCAACGACGACGCAAUUUCAUGCCAGUGGGAGUGCUGCUGCGCUAGGGGGGGGAGGAGGGCAGGAGCGACGAUGCCCGCUACCGCGAGGGGAGAACAAAAGGAAUGCGGAGGGCAACGAUGACGACGACGAGCCGCUCAGCAACAGGAGGAAGACAACCAGACAGGAUGACGAACAAGAGGAGAGGUCGAAGCUCUGGGUGGAUUGCGAGGCGUUUUGGGGGCGAGGCCCUGGGAAACCGUUGCGGGAUGCGGUGGUCUACUGCACCGACUACUUCAUCGCCAUCACCAACGGAGACGCUCGAGCUGAACCGCCGCCCAUGUUCAUCAUGCCGCCCAGAGAUUUGUCACGCUUAAAUAUAGACGACCUUGCGCAGCACGAACCGGAUCUGUACAGAGCGAGGAACUCGGAGAGAGUGGUGUUGCGCACAAUCCACGGGUGGAUCUUUAAGUAGUCAUAAAGGUCAAACGGCUUCACUCGCGCAGAAUCGUACAUCACCGUCGACUAUGCUACCGACGUG